GUUUACUAGAAACGAAUAGCGAACUGUUUUGCUACUGUGCCAGUUGAUUAUAGACUGUAGCUAGCGUGUAGCAUUCAAGAGUAAGAUGAAGUGCAUUACACAAAAUAUUUUAUCAAAGAGACGAAAUCACUAAACUGAAGUCAUCCGAAAUAAAUUAACUUACGAUGACCGCUAAACGAUACAAGAAAGUUCCACCAGAAGGAGGAUGGGGUUUUCUAGUUCUGCUAGGAUUGGCAAUAUUUUUGACGUUCACAUUGGGAACAUUUCCAUCGUUAGCCCUAAUUUUCGCCGAAUUCCUAGUUGAUAUUGGCGAACGACCAGGUGCCAUACCAAUGUUAAUGAGUUGGUAUUUUGCGUCAUUCAGUUGUGUUGGUUUGGUGACGAAUUAUUUCUUUAAAAAAUUCUCUGUGCGAGCUGUUGCAUUGUGCGGAGCCAUGAUAUUUCUAUCGGGUAGUGUUUGGGCAACAUUUGCGAGGUCGAUGACCGAAUUGAUAUUCGCAUUUGGUAUUUUGGAAGGUGCUGGGUUCGGGCUAAUGAUUUCUGCAUCUUAUUCUACAUUCAAUGCGUAUUUUGUUAAACGACGCAUAAUGAUGAUGAGUUUUGCGCAAACAUUAUUCGGACUGGGAUCGAUGGCCUAUCCACUCUUCGUCCAAUAUUUUAUGGAAGAGUUUGGAUACCGUGGAUUCAUGGCCAUUCGGGCAGGUGUUCACGGUAAUGUUAUAUUUGGUAUGCUUGUCAUGCAUCCGGUUGAGUGGCACAUGAAGAAAAUACUAGACGAAGAUGAGCGUUUAAUGGAAGACCAGGUAAUUACGUCAACAAAUAUAGAAAGGGAUUGUAACAUUCAGGAAAUGGUACCAUUGAACGACAAAGACCAGAAAACUCAACAGAUAGAACCAAGAGCAUCGAAACCCAAUUGUAUAAUGGGCUUAUGGAAAGAAGUGGUCGAUUUCUUGGACCUAACCAUACUGAAAGAUCCCAUAUACGUCAACAUUUCACUGGGCAUGUCGUUUGCUCUUUAUUCGGAUAUGUCCUUUUUUGCCAUUCAACCCACCUACCUGCUGAAAUUAGGUUUUGAUAAGCCAACUGUAGCUCAUAUCAUAGCUAUUGGUGCGACGGCUGAUCUAGCUUCUCGAAUAUUUCUUGCCAUUUCAAGUUCCUGGAUUCGAUUGAAAGCAAGGGACAUUUAUUUCAUUGGUGCUGCUUUGACCAUUUUCACACGAUUUGUAUUUUUGUAUGUUAGCGAAUUCCUGGGUAUAGCAAUAGUGACUGCUGUGAUGGGCUUUCUACGAACAUGGAUUCAUGUACCGUUACCACUUGUUUUUGGAGAUUAUUUGACCACCGAAAGAUUUCCCUCAGGCUACGGACUUUUCAUGUUCAUUCAAGGCAUUAUAAUGUUCGUUUUUACUUUACUAGUCACAAAAAUCGAUGAAUUGGUCAAAGACGAUAUGAUUACCUUUCAUUGCUUGGAAUUGGCCAUGGCACUUUGUGUCGUUCCGUGGGCUGUAGAAUGGAUCUGGAUGAAAUCGAAGAAAAUAUAAAAAAUUAUCUCACUGAAAUCUCA